CCGGCCCGUGGAGUCGCAUGAGCCGCACACGUCCACGCUCCGGGCUCCGCGGUGAAGAUGUGGCGCCGCUGCCUGUGGGCGCUGCUCCCGCUGCUCGGCCCGUGGUUCCGCCCGGUCCACGGAGUGUUCCAGAAGCUCUACUGCUCCCUGUCCGACAGCUGCGAGUGCGACUUUAAGCCCGACCUCAGAGGUCUGGAGUGGGACUUGUACAGAAACGUGUUCGGGCAGCAUUUGGCCCAGGACGCCGUUUCACAGGAAGUAUCUGCUUUCAUCCGGACAAAGAGCCCAGAGCGCCCCCUGGUGUUGUCUCUGCACGGUGGCUCUGGGACGGGGAAGACUCUGGUCAGCUCCAUGUUAGUGUCUCACCUGUACGGCUCAGGUGUGAACAGUCCUCAUGUGCACAGGUUCAUCCCCACGUUGCACUUCCCCCGAAAGGAACGCGUGCACCAGUACAGGGUGGCGCUGAAGGACUGGGUGCAGGGGAACCUCACGGCCUGCGCUCGUUCCGUGUUCCUGUUCGAUGAGAUGGAGAACAUGCCUCCAGGACUCAUCGACGUCCUGGAGCCUUUCCUCGGACCCUCCCAUGUGGUCUACAGCACCAACUACCGCAAAGCCAUCUACGUCUUCAUCAGUACUGUGGGGGAGCGGGUCAUCUCCACAGUGACACUGGAUGCUUGGAACUCAGGCCGAGACCGAGACGAGAUCAGACUGAACGAGCUCCAAGAGGCCAUCUCUCAGGAGGCCUUCAACUCCACCCACGGCGGCCUCUCGCGUUCACGGAUCCUCUCUCAGAGCCUGGUGACGGUCUUCGUGCCCUUCUUGCCCCUUACGCGCGUGCAUGUGGAGAGGUGUGUGCAGGCUCAGCUGUGUCAGAGGGGCCAGUGUGAGCGCAGUGACGUGGUGCAGGCUGUGGGGGGCGCCAUGAGCUAUUCCCCCAAACUAGGACACUACUUCUCCUCCACAGGAUGUAAGGCCAUUCCUGCCAAAAUAAACCUCUACCUAUGACCCUUCACAAUAACACUUGAAAGACGUGUGCUACCCAUCGAUUGGUUGGCUAAAAAUGGGGCGGGGCUAAAGCUCUCAAAACUAUUCUGUACCUAUGUGUGUCUGACCCAAACUGCUCUCCCAGGACGGCACCUGCAGGGGGAACAGUGUAUUUAUGUAAAGACAGAUUAAACUGGUGAAUCCUGAGUUUAAUCUGAAUAUUUACAGAAAUACCUCUUCUCCUUUACACAUUUUAAUUGACUCAGAUUCCAUGGAAUGCUCUACUGUUUAUAAAUCCCCGCCACAAUAAAAGCCCUCACCAAAUUCUACCUCCUCUACCUGUGACUCUGCCAAAAUUAGUAAGACUGAACUCUUGAAGGAGUCAGAAGAGGAACAUGGAGCUGGAGCAGGUUUUUGGAAGACCAUGAAAAGCUUGAGCCUGGAACAAGAAUGUAACUUUUACUAAAUCACAAAUAAGACUUGAAGAAUUUGAACCACGUUUGGUGUUUGUGAAGAGAGACUUUAAAGCGGGGGUAUUCUGCAGAGUGUUUUUGUUUGUUUUUUAGCGUUCUCCCUUGUUGUAACACUGUUCAUCAAAAACAUGUCAUCUAUGAAUGUUUGAAUAAUCUAGUGAUCUCUCCCAGGCCCUAUUCAAACCUUCCUUACAGUUAGCAGCACAAGCCUGUACGAGGCUCCGCCCACAAGCCUACCUCACCCAUGGUCCCACACAACAAUUCUCCAUAAAUAUACAAAACUCUACACAGCAACUCGACAAACCUGCAGUAGUUUCAUUCGUGGGAUUGUGUUGUGGUAAUGCUGUGAGGCGGGAGUGACUUAGCAUGGAGAGCAAAGGGAGUAAAAUAGCCCUUCUUUAAUAAAUGAUAGUGUUUGUAAAGGGACUAUUUAAUAUUCUAAUGGAAACAGUGUUAAAUGCCUUUGAUUUUAUCAAGUGUUUUUGUUUUGUUUUUACCAGGUGCUUUUGUGUUCAGACAAUUUACCCAGAAUUCAAAUCAACAAAUCAGCAAUGUCCCCUGUGAGAUCCAAGCCCUGUGUGUCAGAUGCCUUCCCUGUGUCCUCUGAGUGAUUUUUUUUUUUGAAUUAAUGGUUCAGCCAGAUGUUUUUAGAGUCUGAACAUUUGGGACUUUGUCAGUGUUUGAUGCCUUUAAACAUCUAAUAACAAUAAUGAUAUUUAUGUGUAUGUAAUGUACAGUCUAGUGUUUUUACAGAAAACACACUUUACUCAGAGACAGGAGCGACAGGUGACAUGAGGGCGUGUCACCUUUUAAAAACAGACUCAAAAGAACAACGUAUUUAUUUGAAUGAUUUUUAUUGUUUUAAAUAUCUUAAAGCCGCUGCCUGGAGCCGCUCUCGGCACUUUUCAAAAUA